AUGUCGUUCAGGCCCCAUUUCGAAGCCCUAAUCCCUAAAGUGGAGGGUAUCCUCCAGUCCCUUAGGAGGCUCCUGAUCCUUCACGGACUGGGGGAGAAGAAGCAACGCCUCUACAGCGGCGUGAUCCACUCGGUGCUCCUUUAUGGGGCGCCAGUGUGGUGGUGCGCCGUUGUGGAGGACAUGAGGAUCGAAUGGGCUGUUCGGACCAUCCAGAGGAAGGUUGUGAUCUGGCUAUGUUGUGCCUAUAGAGCGGUCUCCUUCUACGCGGCUAUGAAUGCGGGGAUUAUUCCUCUCGUUCACUUGGCAUCUCGACUGGCGGAGAUUUAUGCGGCUGUUAGAGACGCGGAGGAUCCUGUUCCCCGUGUAGUAAGGCUAUAUUGGGGUCUCUUGCCAGACGGAGAGCAAUAA